AUGUACCUUGAACUUCGAAUCCUAUUCUUUCCGUUAUUCGCCGCUGCCUGUUUAAAAACCAUUCCGCGUGAGGCCGUAGCGAUCUCUAAAGUCACGAACAUGCAUAAAAUAAUCCAGGAAAGUACUACGUACAGCGAGUACAGCAAUGACCACACAACAUCCCUUGCCGGGUACGAAAUCCUUAUCACCUCACUCGCCGUUUCAGAUUGCAUCUGUAGCCCGAUUGUGACGGGGCCUCCCUUUGGAAGGGUGCCGGAUGGAAUUGAAGACGUUUGCGCACCAAAUACGGGCUUUCUCGGCUGCAAAAGCAAUUCUAAUUCGCCGGUGGCUGACCGCGAACUCAUGAGAUUUCGUUUAUACGAUGAGUCAGGAAAUACGAUACACGAUUCGGGGCCCUACUGCUCGGCCGAGGCCACAAAGUACGCCACGAAAAGUUGCGAAUGCCGGACGGCGUUCGCCAAAGGAGCUACCAUUAAUGCUCCGUUCUGCAAGGGAGUGAGGACACCCUAUUGGACGUGCACAAAUUACGGCUAUGACCCGGACCGAUGCGGAGAUAUC